AUAAGUCUUAAUACAUAGCUUGUAUAUUUGAUGAAUGCUAAUAGCGUUUGGUACAAUUAUUCUUUUAUUUCAACUCUUCUACUUGUAGCCAAAGCACUUACCAAAGGGUUCCGAUCCAUAACAUUUGGUUGGGAAACAAAAGUACAAACUUAUUAUGGUCGUUAUUGGGAGGUAAGUCAGUAGGUAUGGUCCUCUACUACACCACCCGAGUACAUAACACGAGUUUUGCCAAGUUUUGACGAUUUACAGCUGCAAGUAUUCUACUUUGUUCGGUUAAGUUUAACCGAUAACUGGAACCAACCUCCAAAAACCGAACUGUCCAAUGGGGUCUUCAGUGGAGAAAGGAUUCUGAGUCUAUGACCAAACUAAUGAUUUCAGAAAGUUUCAAAGGAUUCCAUAACUGAAGGGGGGAAAAAAAAAGAUAAGUAAGAUCGAUGUAGUUGCGGUAACCUUUAAUCAUGCAGACCAUGGAAACAGAGAAGUGGAUCAAGAUCAACACUGAUGCAGCGCGCUAAUGUCAAGGAACUACUACUACGGUAAAUCAAAACCUAUGAAGGAAACUAUCAAACUAUUAUAUAGGAUACCAACUUUCACUAGUCCAAAACAGUUUCUGCGAGAGUGACCAAAAAGCUAAAUCAAAACCUAUGAAGGAAACUAUCAAACUAGACCCUUACAAAGAAACAAACAACUGGUUUUAUCAUCUUUACACAGUCAUCUACUUUUAAGCAACUCUUUAACAAAAGCAAAAAACCAAAAGCAGAAACACACAUACCAACAACGAUCUGUAAAGCAGUUGUAGAAAAUAGAAAACAGAAACUUAAAGAAGCAAUUGAUUGAAGAAUUAAGAAUAAAGAAAGUUUAUUAUAGACCCAAAAAAAAAGUAACUCCCACUUCAAGAAUACAAUACCUUUCUUUUGUAGUCUUCACAAAGCUUAGCAUCUAAACCAAUUCCUCUCCUUAGCCACCAAGAAACCCAUAACUCUACAUAAAACACUAACAAGCUUCUCCAUUCUCAGUUUUAUCUUCCAUUUUCACCUACAACAAAAAAACACAAGAACCUGUUACACAAAAACACAUAUCAGGUUACAGAAAUUAUUUGAGAAAUGAGUGCAGACUGGGGACCCGUGAUAGUAGCAGUGGCUCUGUUCAUCCUACUGUCACCAGGAUUGCUCUUUCAGCUACCGGCAAGGACAAGAGUGAUGGAGUUUGGGAACAUGAGUACAAGCGGGAUUUCAAUUUUGGUCCAUGCCAUUAUUUACUUCUGUAUACUCACUAUCUUGAUCAUUGCCAUACAAAUCCACAUCCAUUUCUGAUCCAUCUUGUAGUUUAUAUAACAAAGGCAGCUUCUUUGGUUACAAGCUUUUCACCUUUCUCUAUUUAUCUUUCUUUCUUUUUGUUGCUAAUCUCUGAUUCUUGGCUCAUAGGGUCUCAAGCAGGGUGAUUAAAAAAGAGUUGUAUACAUAUAAAUAAUCGGUAAUUUUGUUUUCCACAA